AUGGCAAAAAUUGUUGGUUAUCUUGCGGAAGGUGUUAAUUUUACGUGCAGGUUCGUCCUGUCCCCCGACAGGACGUUCGGCACCAUGCUGUCUGACGGGUCAUGGACCGGCAUGAUAGGCAUGGUGGUGCGGGAGGAAGUAGAUAUCGCUGCAGGACCGUUCAUGUUAUCACCGGCGCGGGCAGCAAUCAUCGAUUACACCGUGGCGGUCUGGACAGGUGACCUGAGGAUGGUUAGUGGACUGAGAGGCCUGAAGAUAGACCCAUGGGGCUUCCUGCUGCCCCUCACACCCUUGGUGUGGGCAGUCACCCUAACGGCACUAGUGGGAAUACUUGUUGUCUUACAAGUGCUUCACUUCUAUCUGCCUGGCAGGUCAUUGCACUACUGCGGCUGGGCGGCUGACACCUUCAGUCCUGUGCGCGUCCUUCUGCAGCAAGGUGAGACCUCGGGGACCGUGCGGGGCCCCUCCUGCCGGGGGCUGCCUUGCCUCUUGAAGGUUUCCGUGCUCUCAGGGAGCAGCAGUCGUGCCCUAAUGAAGAAUAACUCUGCCUCACUCACUCCCAACGCAGACGUGGUGUGGCCCGCGGAGUGGUGGUGGUGGGAGCGUUUGGUGCUGGGGCUGUGGAUGCUGACGACGCUGGUGCUGACGAGGAGCUACGCCGGCAACCUCAUGUCCCUGCUGGCCGUGAGAUACGUGCCGCAGCCCUUCCAGACACCAAGGGACGUUCUCAACGAUCCUCACGUCGCCAUGAUAUGGCAGAAGUAUUCCAAGAAUGAACAUUUUCUGAGAACUGUAGAGUCUGGCGUAUUUCGCGAGGUGGCAGAGCUGGAGGAGAAGGGUCGCCUCAAGUUUCUCACACAGGCACAGUUCCAGGAGAGCCUCGACACCCUGGUGAGGUCCGGACACCACGUGCUCGUCGACAAUGGGAAUGCUGUUCGCAACUUGGUAGCCUUGGACUUCUCCCAAAAAGGACUCCUCAAGUACUGGGCGGAGGACGUACCGAACUUCACUCGAUGUAACAAUGUGCCCAAGACAGUGGCGCUGUCCAACACUCUCUCGUUUAGCAGCCUGUGGGGAGUGUUUGUGUUGCUGGCCGGUGGUCUGACUGCCGGGCUGGUGGUUUGGUGUCUUGAGCUGCUCAACAGUCUCGCCAAGAAAUCCUCAUAG